UUUCUUUCUCUCCCCGUGUUCAGCAGCUGGAAUCUAAAACCCUUGGCCUUGUUUAUAAAUGUAGCAGCCUUUUACCUUUUUUGAAAAAACGAGGGGAAGAGGAACAAGUGUUCUGCAGAACCUUAAGGAAUAAGCCAUUGCAGACAAGAAUUGCUGCACCAUGUAUGUGUUGCUGCUUCAGACACUACUGAUUUCCUGGCUUGGAACCACAGAACAAACUGGCGGACUGCAAAAGAAAAGGAGGAAAAGAACUCCACCUUUCUUGUCUCCAGAUAUACUAACAAAAUAUCUUUUGGACUAUGAAGGAACUCUGGAAGAGCCCAGUUUGUUUGGGACACACCGCUUGAAAGAAAUGGAGAACAAGAAGCAAGACGGACAUCAAACCUCUAAAUCUAUUUUACCUUAUAUAGGUACACAUGCAACUCCGGAUUUGGGAAGCUGGGUUCUGCCAAGUCCAUUCCCUCACCCUCAUAAUCCUCUUUCCCACCCUAAGAGGAGGAAAUCAGAAUCUUUCUUCCGGAAAGAUGCAAAGAAGUUUUGGGAUAUUUUUAUGUUGAAAAACAAGUCAAGGUCUGAAGAGGUUGUCCUUCCCAUCAAGACCAGCGAAAUGUACCAGGACAUCUGCAGUGCUCUCCCUUUUUCUCAGAGCAUUACGCAUACCAACUGUGAGAAUCUGGUGAUACAAAACAAGCUGUGCUUUGGGAAAUGCAGUUCUUUCCAUGUUCCGGGUCUGGAAGAUCGCCUUUAUACCUUCUGUUCUCACUGCUUGCCUACCAAGUUCUCCAUGAAACGUCUGGAGAUGAACUGCACAAGGGCGGCACCCAUCAUCAAGGUGGUUAUGAUUGUAGAAGAAUGCAGAUGUGAAGUUCAGAGAACAAAUACUCCUGAAAUAGGUUUUCUACAUUCCGAUUUGUAUGAAAACGUCUAUGAACACAACUGAGGCUUUCAAAAGUACAUGAACACUUAGCAAAAGUCAAAUUUCACUUAAAUGCCAUCACAACAUUUCAAUUCUCUAUUUAUUAAACUUGUGAAGCAGUGCAUUUGUAUAUACCCUCCUCCUCCAACUAUUAUUACAGAACUGGGUUAAUAUUUCUUGUAGCCUGUGCUGUUUUAAGGGACCUUUACACUAUACAUAUUUCUUUUUGGU